AUGAAGGUGGCUAUUAUCUCCAAGAACAAGGUAAAAUUUGUUGAUGGCACUCUUUCUCCUCCUCCUAUCUCUGACCCUCUCUAUGAACCCUGGCUUCGAUGUAACAACCUCGUCCUCUCAUGGCUUCAACGUUCCAUCUCUGAAGAUAUUGCGAAAUCUCUCCUCUGGUGUGAUCGUGCUUCUCUUGUAUGGAAAAGUUUAGAGAAUCGGUUCUCUCAGGGUGAUAUUUUUCGCAUUGCUGAUAUUCAAGAGGAAGUAGCUCGUCUUCAACAAGGAACUCUUGAUAUCUCUUUGUAUUUCACCAAAUUAAUGACACUUUGGGAAGAAAUCGAAACUUUUCGCCCAAUUCGUGAUUGUACUUGUGCUAUACCGUGUUCCUGUGGUGCUGCUGCAGAUCUACGCAAAUUCAAGGAGCAAGACAAGGUAAUCAAGUUCUUGAAAGGUCUUGGUGAUCAAUACUCUCAUGUUCGUUCGCAGAUUAUGCUGAUGUCUCCACUUCCAACCCUAGACAAUGCGUUCAAUCUGAUUCUUCAACAAGAACGCCUGUUCAAUCUUCAUUCAACCACUGAUUCUUCAUUUGAGAAUCAAUCGUCAGUGAAUUACUCCUCUCAAAUGACUUCUCGUUCUUCUCACAACUCCGGUCGUGGUCGUGGCCGUGGAUAUUCCUCCGGUGGCCGUGGCAACCGGCUCUGCACUCACUGUGGUCGCACCAACCACACUAUUGAGACUUGUUUCAUCAAGCACGGGUAUCCUCCUGGUUUUCAACAUCGUAAGCAACAUCUCUCAUCACCUGCUGGAAAUGCUUAUGUGGUGAACUCUGUUCAAGAUGCUGGUUCUGCUCCAAUUUCCUCAUCAUCAUCUACUUCCACAUCAACAAAUGGAUCAAGUGCCUCUUUGUCCACGAUUCAAGAGGAAUAUACUCAGAUUUUACAGCUUCUCCAACAAUCCAACUUGCAGUCUCAUUCACCCUCUUCAGUUAAUUCUCUUUUUGCUACAAAUUCUGUCUCUCAUACCUCUCCCUCUCCUUCAUCUGGUAACAAUCUCUCCAAACCCUAA